UGUCAUUGGGGGUGACCGUCUCACAGAAGCAAACUGCCGUAACGUACAGUGGACAUUUGCUGAUGCGGACAAAGCUAAACGGAUGGAUGGGCUGAUCUUCAAAUUUGAAGACUGGCAUGAAAUCCACCAGAACAUAUUCUACAAAGAGUCAGCCAAAGACCACGGCACACUCUUUGCAAACAUGACCAAGUUGAGUGUCUGGUGAUGUUCCUAAUCCAGUCUACAUGGAUAUGUCUGGACUCUUGAUGGAUUGGGAGGGAAACAACCACCCUGCUGAUAUAUCAUGAACUCAGAUGAUGCAGUAAUGCCAAGCGCGGCCCACGUGCAGACUUCAAUGCUUACAGGGACUUUGUCAUUAAGGAUACAACCACACUCUUCUUGGCUGCAGCAAUGGAGAUCUUUGGCUGUCAGAGGCAUGGAGAAUUAGAUCCAGUGUCGGCAAAGCAGUGACCUGCCCCCUGCUGCCAUACAUCCAGUUGUCCUGGACCCUGCACAUCCAAUCACGAAACUUCUAAUUACGGAUUGUGAUGACCGCCUACACCAUCCUGGUCCAGAGAGGCUUUUUGCUGAACUGAGGAGGCGAUUCUGGAUCUUGAGGCUUUUUCGAGAGCUUCUCCGUAGAAAAGUGCUGCAGAUUCUGCAUGGCGUCCAGGGCUGACACACAACUCCAACAGAUGGCCUCCCAAACAAUGACUAUGCGAGUUAUCCUCUGCGAUGGAGACAUCAGGAAAGUCACACUGGCUUCAAGGCCCCGUUCAGUGGACGAUUUGAUCACCUGUUUGAAAAACACACUCGUACUUCAAUACAAUUUCACUUUACAGUUUAGAGACCCAGAAUUUGAUAACGAACUUUGCAACCUCACCAAUGUGUCUGAACUCCCAGAAAAAACAACUGUGAAGAUAAUUCCUGUGCUUGAACUGGUUGAGAUUGCAAGCGAAAAUUUGAAUGAUAGUGUAUGUACAGCCGAUACUGUGCUGCUGCAGUCCACGUCAUCACAGCAAAUGAGAAUGGCGUGGCCUGAUGAGUUUUCCCUCCACAAGUUCUCUGUAGAUGUAGAGUUUAGACUCCGACAAGGGAAUUUAAGCUACCUCAAGGAUGGAACAUACUUGACCGUUUCAAAAGAGUUGAAACAUUACAUUCUCCACAAGAUAGCUGAAACCCUGUAUGAUAGGUUCAAAGCAUACCCCCCAAAAAAGGACCUUAGAACAGUAGCCAAGGCUUUAAUUGCAGCUCAUCCCUGUCUUCGAGAAACUGCAUCGCCAACAGGUUACGAUGGAUGGACACAGAGCCUAGCGGAUAAGAUGGGUAACUACAGAACAAAAAUGAGGGCCCUGGGACACGCAGAUGUCAAGGUGAAUUCUGGCAAACGUGGAAGGCACACUGUUGGUGGGGAGCCACCAAACAAGAGCAUCAAGAAACCGAAAAAAGGGGAAGUAAAUUUCCUACCCAAUUUUCCAGAUGGUCAUGAUGUCACAAGCCUUGAAAAUGCCCGACAACUACUGGUGGAUGAGAUGAAAAAGAAAAACCCAGAUGCAGUCUUCGUCAAUCAGCAGAUGGACUUCAUGUUGUCCAAUUUAGGAUGAACCACAGCCAACACUUGGUCUCCAGCACCAUCCUCUUUGGCUAGCUGAAGUGUUGACUUGACUGUCUCUUGGUCUAGGCUUAGGUCGCCACCAGGUCUUUCAGCAUGAUACUGACCCAAAGCAUCUGUGAAAAGUGGUCCAACAUUUUUUAAUAGGAUCAAACAGCCGACGUUUCUGAAGGAGACCAGCACUGUAGGAUUAUGUAAAUGUGCUCUCCAAUGAGCUUAAGCUCCCUUUUCUCCCGGGAUAGACGUUGAAAUUUCACCAGGAUCGGUCUCGGAGCAGCAUUCUGUGUUUGUUCUCUCUCUCUCUCUCAAAUAUCGAAGCUCACUACCAGUUGUAUCUCAUAUCUGAAUGUGCUUUUGUAGUGGUAGUGGUUAUGUUAGGUGGUAAAAGGAUAGCCCCUCAGUCUCAAAUGGCUGCAUCUAAUCCACCGAGUUCUGCAUCUCCAACUGACCGGCAAAAGUGUUUUCUCUACUAGACAGAUAUAAAGGAAGAGAUGAAAUCUGACAGUAUGCUUGUUAUGUCAUUUCUGUUCCUAUAACAUUUUUAAAAAGAAUUCUGUAACGGGGGGAACAUGGUUGUGAUCAAGAACAUUGACUGAUACUAGGGGGUGGGGCUGGACUAUGAUUACGUUGUGGCGUGUAUGUGGUUUGUGCACUCUGUUACAGGUGUAUCCAAGAAACCCUGAUGACGGACCUGCGCAGUUGGGGGUUUGAAGAUUUAAAACUUUGAUGGCGGCUCUCAACAUGGUGAUUCUUGUUGGCAACAGGCGCCCGCAAGAGAAACAGGCCCGACGAACGGUCUACAUGCGGUGUGGAAUUACUACGACGCACUUGAGGCAUCUACGUGAGCGGCAUACAGACUGGAAUACAACACACUCUAUUCGUCUCCAUGAGCGACAUACAGACUGGAAUACAACACACUCUAUUCGUCUCCAUGAGCGACAUACAGACUGGAAUACAACACACUCUAUUCGUCUCCAUGAGCGACAUACAGACUGGAAUACAACACACUCUAUUCGUCU